AUGCAGCGUCAGCCUCCGACAAGACCUCUGGCUUUCGCCCGCGAUAACUCGAGACAACACGAAAAGGAGAGUCAGUACACGUACUUUCAGGGAUUCAUCAACUCAAUCGGCAAUGGACAGACCGUGGAGCGAUGGUUGGAUGAUUUUGACGUGAUCUUCUCAAACUCGCAGGAGCACAUCAUGAUCUCGUCUUGA